AAUGUGUUUUUCCCAUGUUAUUAGGUUAUUUGAUCAUAUAUUUUAGUUUGUUAGUUGAAAUGUUAAUCAUGUUCUCACUGGCAGAGAAUUCAAGAAUGAGAUAUCCUGUGUUAAGAUUUGGAGGAAGUAUUUUGUAUAGCAGAACUACUAAGGACGUAGAGAAAGCUGCAACAGAGCUUUUGCAGUGUCUUAAAGCUAAGAAAAAUGAAGCAGGUCAAGUUAGUGUAGGGUUUGAUAUUGAGUGGAAACCUUCAUUUCGUCGAGGUAUUAUGCCUGGGAAGGCUGCAGUGAUGCAGAUAUGUUGUGACACUAGCUUCUGUCAUAUCAUGCAUAUUAUUCAUUCUGGAAUACCUCCAAGUCUGCAGUUUCUUCUUGAGGAUUCUUCAAUAUCAAAAGUUGGAGUUGCAGUUGGUGGUGAUGCGGUCAAGAUUUUCAAAGAUUACAAUGUACCUGUUAAGGCUGUGGAAGAUAUAUCAUACCUAGCAAAUCAAAAGCUAGGCGGAGGUUGCCAAAAGUGGAGCCUUGCAUCUUUGACAGAGGAGCUUGUUUGCAAAGAGCUCCAGAAGUCCAAGAAAAUAAGACUGGGAAAUUGGGAAGUUGGCAUUUUAUCCCAAAAGCAACUAGAAUAUGCUGCAACAGAUGCUUUCGCCUCGUGGCAUCUCUACCAGGUAAUAAACUGCCAGUGCAUUGCUCUGGAUAUUGAGUGGUUUGCAAUUACUGUUCUUGCUAUUGUUGCCAUGCAGGUUUUGAAGAACCUCCCGGAUGUAGUAAAUGAUGCAACAGAUGAAAAGGAAGUAAAAGUUCCCUCAUAACAAAAAUGAAACUUGGUUAGCAAAGCUAAUGUCCCUUAUUAUGAAUUGAUAAUUUAUCCUUGGAUAUGCGCCUAUGUUCUGCGUCACUGUAUUCGUCAUGGACAGUGGACAUAUAGACUUAGGUUGAUUGUGUCAUGUCCUGCACCUCAGUGACUGAAUGCAAAGGGGAAAAUUGGAUGGUGGAAGUGAAUGCAGGAAGAAUUUGUGCAUGUGCGUGGGCCUUCCUUUGCUUUUCUUCUUGUACACAUAUAUCUUGUUUCAGUGGCCAUGUGAUCGAAUGAGAUCCCAUGACACUCCCCCAUGUUACAAAAUCAAAAUGGGCUCUCCUAUGGUUAAAUCUCAAAACGUUUCCUUCCUCUUGCGUGUUAUUUCCUACCUAGUGUGAUGGUGCG